AGCCCUUCCACUUUGGGGGACGAUGGUUUUGAUUUGUUUGGUUUCACUCCACCGACUCAGCACUUGCAGCAACACAGGCAUGUUUUGAUUUUGACCUUUUCCUCUCGUUUGACGCCUCCGCGACCUCCUACAACAAUUUUCUCUCUUCCUCUCUAGCUCUAGAUUACCAGGCCGAAGCUAUGCCACAGCAUCUUCCUGGGUUUUAUUACGAUGCACAGAAGAACCGCUACUUCCCUAUUAAAGGUCCAAUACCCGGAUCUUCUCGUGCUUCUUCUUCGACUACUGCUCCAGAAUUAGCCCAAAAGUCGACACGGGCGACGAACUUAUGCAGGAGAACUGGUGUAAGAGCGUCUAAUUUGCUUCAAGUUAGGGAAUUAUAUGGUAACAUCAUUCCAUUCAUCAAAGGAAAGUGCAACUUCAAGGAGGAAUUCGAAAAGAUACGAAUAUCACAACCCGUGGUUUGGAAGUUUAGUGAAACAGAUAAGAUUGCUGAUGGCGCUUUGGAGCAGAUGCAUGUUGAUGUUCAGACACCCGAGGGUCAAACUGAAGCCGAUGUUUUAUUAACAGGCGGUUUGAAUGGCUCCUUGAGUUUUGUUGAAGUUGGAAAAGUUAGGCCAGAUUUUGAUUUCGGGGUGAAAUGCAUGCCAGAUCGUGUGUGGCCUUUCAAUAAAAAUGACCAAGCAGAUUGUGGUAUGAUUCCUGGGCCUAUUUGUAGAUCUGCCAGAGCUUCCUUAUCAAUGUCAUCAAAUGUAUCUUGCAUAAAAUUGUUUGAAAAGCAGCCCUCUACAAUAGAAGACGGUUCAAGCAUCCGGGGUGCACUAAUAAGUACUUUGGGAUCAGAGACAUCACGUGGAUCUCUCAAUAUUGUUAAACUUGUUGAACCGUUAGAUCUCAAUUCAAGUGUCCCUGGCUUAAAUCAAAGGAUACAUGAGGUAGCUUCUUUCAAUUGUACCAUUUGGACAGCAGAUUGCAGUUUUAAUGGGAGUCGAGCAGCAAUUGGUACUAAUCUGGGAGCUGCUUUGGUGGAUUUGGAAACAGGAGUUGCAUCAUGGGUGUUUCGUAGCAAAAGUGAUGUUUUUGCACAACAGUUUGUUGAGUCGGGAAAUGCUCUUUUAUGUGGACUCAGGAAUGGGGUGAUUGUGACAGUGGAUGUUCGUGAAAAACAGGAAGGGAAUUCAGUUAGACUCAUUAGUCAUAGAAUACCAUACUCACCUUUGAGUAAAACUGUUGGAAGUUCUACUCAAAAAUUGUUCAAGGUCCUUGGGAACAUUGAUUCUUCAUGCACCAUAAAAAUGCCUUCAUCUAUUUCUUGUUUGGUAUCGCUUCAAUAUGAUGACCAUUACUUCUUGGCAAGCUCCAUGGAUGGAUCGGUAAAACUAUAUGAUCACCGUCUAAUCCGGAGAGGAGCUGUGCAAUCUUAUGAAGGGCAUGUUAAUUCCCAUACUCGUAUACAGCUUGCAGUCGAUUCAUCUGAGAAAUUUCUUAUGUCAGGUGGAGAGGACUGCAAUUUACGGCUCUGGAGUAUCAAGUCUGGUGAAUUGCUCUUUGAGAAUAAGUUCUCUAAUUCAGUCCCUUCAACUGUGUGCUGGCGUAGAGCUGAAAGAUUGGUAGGAGUUCAAGACGAGAGGCAAAGCUAUAGAGAGUAUCCAUAUCAGCAGGGCCAUGGUUUGGAGGCAUGGCUUGGAUCUCGUGAAGGACUGUUUUACAUGGAUUGGUCAUGAAUUUGUAGUGAAGAACCAAUAUCAAUGCUAAAGCCCUUAAUUGGUGGUGAGAUUUUGGUUCUGAAAGGCAGGUCCCCCUCAAGCAUGCGAAGCACUACAUUGCCUCUGAUAUGGAUGAGAGCAAUGACAAUACCAACAGCAAACAGGGCCUUUGUGAGUGGAAUCACUAGGAGAUGACAUGAAUGUAGGCAAGUUGAAAGAAUAAUGAUCUUGGACCAAUUCAUGUGAGGGCUGCGUAAUUUUUGUUUGGAGCAUGGAAAAACGUCGUUUUGACAAACAGUUAGAUCUUCUUCAAGCUCUUGCCAAAAAGCAGACCUAGAAAUUGCAGACCUGCCCAUCCGUGACUGUCGGCUCUUUGUAAUGAAGAGUCCAAUCACUACAAAACUAGGCGGAGGAUCAACGGAGAAUUUAAAUAACAUGUGACUUUUUUCCCAAUACUUCUCUUCAAACUCAAGCACACUUCAAUUAGUUGAUUACAUUGCCUAUGUAAUGAAGACAACCCACUUGUGGUUUUGAGUAGUUCUUAUUGUUUGGCUCAACAAAUGCUUUAAUUUAUGAGUGUUGUAAAAGCUGCAACUAUCAAUACGAAACCUAGACUUAAGAGGAGUCUUGAAACCCUUGUACUUAAGACAGUCAACCCUUUGAAGGGAAGUUGUUCA